AUGAUUGCGGUGCUUGGGGCUGGCUGGCUGCGAUUGAUCAUUGGAGGCCGAGUCAAAGCUCCGAGCCUCCGACCCCGAGCAUCAGCCACUGGUGACUGCGGUGACGUUGAGGCACGUGACACUGGCACUAAAACCGGGAACAUCCAAAGGCUGUUCAAAAACGAACAGAGGAAGAUGGACCUAGACGUCGGGACGAGCUUUAUUCCGUCCCUAUACAAACCCCCUUCCUUGCUUCCUAUUGCGAGGCACAAGGAGAGUUUACUAUAUCUCGUGGAGACGUAUCCGGUCACCAUUGUCGUCGGGCAGACUGGAAGCGGGAAAACCACACAAUUACCACAGUAUCUUGACCAGGCAGGAUGGUGUGUCGCGGGGAAAGCCAUUGCAGUGACCCAGCCUCGUCGAGUAGCCGCUACCACGGUAGCGGCCCGUGUGGCAGAAGAAAUGCGUUGCAAGUUGGGCGAGGACGUAGGCUAUUCGAUUCGUUUCGAAGACCAAACGUCUGCUACGACGAGAAUUAAAUUCUUGACGGACGGGAUGCUGCUAAGAGAGGCUCUUGUAGACCCUCUUCUAUCCCGAUAUUCGGUUAUCAUGGUCGAUGAGGCACAUGAGAGAUCAUUAAGCACUGACAUACUCUUGGGUAUUCUUAAAAAGAUACUCAAGAGACGUCCUGACCUUCGUGUUAUCGUCAGUAGCGCUACCCUGCAAGCGGAAGGCUUCUUACGCUUCUUUGCUGGAGAUGACUUCCGGCAGUAUUCCAAUGGUGAAAUUGGCGGAAUUGCUGGAAGAAUCAUAAGCCUUGAAGGUCGAAUGUAUCCGGUUGAUACUCUUUUCCUUGAGUCGCCAGCAGAAGAUUAUGUGGAGCGAAGUGUGAAGACCGUGUUUGAUAUACACCUGCAGGAAGGUGAAGGCGAUAUUCUGAUUUUUCUAACUGGCAGAGAAGAGAUCGAAACAGCAAUUCAAUUGAUUACUGAUCGUGCUGCAACACUUCAUCCGAAGUCUCAGUCUCUGCUACCGCUCCCUCUCUAUUCCGGUCUUACAACUGACCAGCAAAUGUAUGUCUUUGAACCGGCGCCGGAGAAUACGCGGAAGGUGAUAGUAUCGACGAAUAUCGCCGAGGCCUCGGUUACUAUCAACGGAAUCGUCUACGUUAUAGAUUGCGGGUUCGCGAAACUGAGAGCAUACAAUCCUAGCACGAGUAUCGAGACGCUGACAGCAGUGCCAAUCUCGAAGGCCGCCGCGGUUCAGCGCGCCGGCCGAGCUGGAAGAACCAAGCCUGGGAAAUGCUUCCGUCUAUAUACACAGCAGGUAUACGAACAAUUACCCGAGGAUACCAUACCAGAGAUUCAACGAUCAAACCUCGCUCCUGUCAUAAUGCAGCUAAAAGCUCUGGGAAUAGACAAUAUCGUCCGGUUCGACUUCCUGACUUCGCCUCCUGCAGACCUUGUGAUACGUGCAGUCGAGCUCCUCUAUUCAUUGGGGGCCGUUGACGACUACGCGAAGCUUACGAAACCGCUAGGUAUGCGAAUGGCAGAACUUGCUGUUGACCCCAUGAUGGCGAGGGUCCUCCUUUCCGCACAGCCUUUUGGCUGUUUGAGUGAGAUUUUGACCAUCGCCGCUAUGGUCAGCCUUCAGGGAGCAGUAUGGGUCCAACAUGACGGGGAUAAAAGGUCGCCUGAGAGCCAACGCAGGAAGUUUGCUGUUGAGGAAGGUGACCACCUUACAUAUCUUAAUGUAUAUCAGGCAUUUGUCACCAAGGGAAACAGAGAUCCCAAAUGGUGCCGAGACAACCUCUUGAACUACCGGUCCUUGCUACGAGCUGUGAGCGUCAGGGCACAACUCAAAAGAUAUCUUGAACGCUUUGGCAUCCAGACUGACGAAAGCCUUCCUUCUCAACAUAGGCAAGUCAAUCUAGCAAAGCCUGGUGAGAAGAUACAGCGAUGCCUAACAACGGGCUACUUUUCCCAUGCCGCAAGAAUGCAACCUGAUGGCACCUUCAAGACAGCCAGUGGCGACAUGACCUUUCACGCUCACCCAAGCUCCUUGAUGUUUAACCGGAAAGCAGACUGGGUCAUCUUCCAUGAGAUAAUUCAAACAGGCAAAAAGACAUUUAUCCGGGACAUCACCAAGAUAGAAAAGAGCUACCUUCUCGAGUAUGCUCCAAACUACUACAGUGUACAGUGA